AUGCUGCAGAUGCUCAGCAGCCAAGCACCUUUUUUGGUCGAUACGAACGUCCAUGCCGCCAUCCGAGCGAUUCAAGGCACCACCGAGGAGCAGGCUGAUGUCGAGGCAAUCCUGACAACAUUGCAGCUGAACAAGACGGACGAGGUACGCGAUAUGUUGGAGUACUUUAUGGUAGAUCGAUAUGAUGUUGGUGAUGCGGUUGCGCUUAUUAGACCACAGGAAGCGGUACAAGCACUCAUCGCAUUCUUAGAGGACCUCAAAAACCAGGAGAAGCAGAAACUUCAGGAAAGUGCUGAAGCGGGUGAUCAAGGUCAAAGCAAUAACACAUCUAACUCCAGGGGAGCAACCACAGAGAAAAAGAAAGCCGAAGAACGACUUGUGGCAGAGGUAAAUUAUUGGAAAAGACUAGCAGAAUGCAUCCCUGUGGAACACUUGCAGAUAUGGGACGCACUAGAGAAGGGCCUUGAAGAAUAUCUUUCUCAACUUCGGCAACGCAAGUCACUUAUAGAAAGCACGGACACGCUUCGUGUACAGAACCAGGAGCUUAGAGAACUUCUGCAGGAGUACACGCGAAGUCAGAUAAACCAUGAAUUGCGUGCACCUCCUCAAUUGAUAAUGCAAAAUACGCACGUAUGA